AUGGGCGACGGCAACCAGGACAUAGAGAACGGCGAAAACCGCGCGCGGGAAGAAAUCAGAGCUCCGCUUCUCGCCGGAGAUGACGGUUCGGGUCGUCCAUUGAAGGGAAAAAGCUGCGAGGAAGAAAGAUGCAUGGUGUAUUUGAGUACAUUUGUUGCUGUUUGUGGGUCUUAUGCUUUCGGAUCUUGCGCAGGAUACUCUUCGCCCACACAAGCUGCAAUCAGAGAAGAUGUGAACUUGUCAUUAGCAGAGUACUCAUUGUUCGGCUCCAUAUUGACUUUCGGGGCGAUGAUUGGUGCAAUCACUAGCGGCAAAAUUGCUGAUUUUAUCGGUCGCAAAGGGGCCAUGAUAGUAUCGAGUUUAUUCUGCACGGCAGGGUGGCUAUCCAUUUACUUUGCCCAGGGGCCCGUGCCUUUAGAUGUUGGGAGGUUGGCAACUGGAUAUGGGAUGGGAGUAUUUUCUUAUGUGGUUCCGGUAUUCAUAGCUGAACUUGCUCCCAAAGAUUUACGAGGAGCUUUGACAACCAUUAAUCAGCUUAUGAUUUGUACGGGAGUAUCCGUAUCCUUCAUCAUAGGCACAUUGUUAACAUGGAGAGCUUUAGCUUUAGUAGGCAUAAUCCCUUGUGCUGUUCUGCUUUUCGGUCUGUGCAUCAUUCCAGAAUCUCCAAGAUGGUUGGCAAAACAAGGAAAACAGAAAGAGUUUGAAGCUUCUUUACGCAGGCUUCGUGGGAAGAAUGCCGAUAUAUCUGCCGAGGCAGCUGAGAUUCAAGAUUAUAUAGAAACUCUGGAGAGGCUUCCGAAAGCCAGACUUCUUGACUUGUUUCAAAGGCGAUACUUACGCUCAGUAAUUAUAGGAGUUGGAUUAAUGGUAUGCCAACAAUUUGGAGGAAUUAAUGGAAUAUGUUUCUACACGAGCAGUAUUUUCGAAUCCUCAGGCUUUCCAGCCGAUCUCGGGACUAUAAUCUAUGCGAUUCUUCAGGUCAUAAUCACUGCAAUUGGUGCUGCUUUAAUCGAUAAAGCAGGGAGAAAGCCUCUUCUAGUGGUUUCUGGAGGAGGACUGGUUCUAGGUUGUCUGUUAACAGGCGGUUCGUUCUAUUUUAAGGAGCACGAACUCGCACACAAUGCUGUUCCAGCUCUUGCCGUGACUGGCAUAUUGGUGUACAUUGGAGCCUUCUCGAUCGGAAUGGGAGCUGUUCCGUGGGUUGUAAUGUCUGAGAUAUUUCCUAUAAAUGUUAAAGGAGUUGCCGGGAGCUUGGCCACACUCGUGAACUGGUUUGGCGCAUGGGCUUGUUCUUACACGUUCAAUUUCCUCAUGAGUUGGAGUUCGUACGGGACAUUCGUUCUUUAUGCUGCCGUGAAUGCCUUAGCCAUACUCUUUGUGAUUGAGUUUGUGCCCGAAACAAAAGGUCGAACUUUGGAACAAAUCCAGGCUGCAGUGAACGCGUCGUGA